CUUAAGACCUUAAGCCAUUUCCUUUCUCUUCCAUUUGCAAAGAGAAAAUCAUCUUGCUCUUCUGGCAUUAGCAGCUCUUGUACAGGGAAGUGGCUUGCCCGCUUUCUGGGGCACAGAGAGGUGGGAUUCUUGCUGUUAAUGGGGCUGGCAAACACACAGAUGGCAGAUUUCUGAGCUUGCCCUUAGACCUGCUCACAGCUAGCUAUAUCCAGAUUUUUCCCUGUCUCCUCCUAGCUCUUUUCCUUCCCCUCCUCUUCCACUUCCCCAGAGGAAUCAGGAAAAGACCCUGAAUGUCUCUUGCCUCAAAUACUGCAGGCACAUGGUGGAAUCGGGGGGACUGAGCAAAUUAUUUCAGUGAGUUGGAGGGUUAGGGUAGUUGUGAGAUGUGGCACUAGCAGGCAGAAGCAGAACACAAGACCCAAAGAGGAAGUGGGGAGGGAAAGAAAACCUGACACACAUUCACCAAAAGAAUGCAAAAGAGAGCAAGAAACCAGAGGAAGGAUUUGCACUGAUGGAUUUCCAGCCCAGGGGAAUAAACCAGAAUGGUAUGAGAAACCCAGAUGAAACCAGAAGUGAUGUGAAAGGAGAGGGAAGCAGGCGCCGUCUGCAGCUGCACAACCUGCCCUGAGAGCUGGAGGGAUGGGAAGCCCCCAAGCAUCCUCAGCCUGCGACAUGAGCGAGAGGAGAUGAGCCGCACCGAGUACCUGGCAGUACAAUAUCCCUCGUCCUUCUCCAUCCCAGCCAUCUCCUGGGGUAGCUUCACUCGGACAGGCCACAGUCUCCGGCCACAGGACAGUGUCACCAUGAGCUGUCCCUUCCACCGCUGCUGGCCCUGAGCAGUGAAUCCUGGAGGACUGAGCAUCCGAAGAAGUGCAGAAGGAAGCAGAAAGGCUCUCUGCAAGCUCCUAGCUCCAGGUAAUUACAAUGGAUAUCUGUAAGAUACAUGAAAACGCCUCCAAAUGCAGUGUGAAUGCUAUGGAGUGCUUCAUGGUCCUCAGCACUCAAGCGCAGAAGGUAAGCAUUGCCACGCUGUGCGGCCUCUUUGGGACACUGUGCAUUUUCGAGAACUCUUUGGUGCUGUACUUGAUCUUCUCCUCCCCCCGGACCAGGAGAAAGCCCUCCUACCUCUUUAUCAGCAGCCUGGCCUUGGCUGACAUUCUGGCCAGCAUCAUCUUUGUCUGCAGUUUUGUUAACUUCCAUGUCUUUAAUAAAACUGAUUUCUCUAAAGAAACGUUCCUGCUGCAGCUGGGAGGGGUGAACACAUCCUUCUCUGCCUCCGUGAGCAGUUUGCUGCUGACAGCCCUGGACCGUUACAUCUCCAUCAGCCGGCCCUCUGAAUACAAGCUCCUCAUGACAAGGAAGAGAGCGUGGAUAGCCCUGGGGGUACUUUGGGUGACAUGUGCAACCAUUGCUUCCCUGCCUCUCCUGGGCUGGAACUGCUGCACGCUCAAUUCGACCUGCUCCGAGCUGUUCCCAUUUGUGGACCACAAAUAUCUGUCGAGCUGGAUCUGCUUCAUCGUGGCCCUGUUGGGGUGUAUUGUCUACGCCUACGCGCAUGUGCUAUGGAGGGCUCACCAGCACGUGGCCUACAUGGAGAAGAACCAAGUGCAGGUGGGAAAACAAAAUGCCAGGAUGAGGAUGGACGUCAUGCUGGCCAAGACCCUUGUCAUGGUGCUGACUGUCCUCGUGCUGUGCUGGUCUCCAGUCCUCAUUCUCAUGAUCUACAGCAUCUUUGCCAGGCUGAGCAAUCACCUGCGCAAGGUGUUUGCCUUCUGCAGCACCCUCUGCCUGCUCAAUUCCAUGGUGAACCCCAUUAUUUAUGCCCUGAGGAGCAAGGAGCUAUAUUCCUCCCUAAGGAUGAUCUUUUCUCGGUUCAGGAGGCAGCUGAAGGCCUCUGAGGAAAGCCCAGAAGCAGAGAGCACCCACAAGUCCUCCAUAGUAGAGACUGUCUGUGAGGACAUGCGCGUAACGUAGGGAGGCAGCCAUGGAAAGUCUGUGCUCAGGCUGGCAGAAACAUCCUGGAUCACUUUUUCUUUUUUCUUAUGGGGGUCCUGGGAGAUGAGGGAUCAGAUGCCUGUCAUGGUGCCAGCUCCCACUGAUGUUAUUCUUAGACGCUGGGACAUCAAGUCCAUGGACUUACACAGGCAGCCGGUGCCCAAGCUGCAGAAAUACCAGUGCCAGGUCAGUGUGCCAGCCAUGAGGCAGCCAUGCCCCAGCACAGCAGAUCCUAAUAUUUUAUGACAACUCCUGCCUGGCCUCCUGCCUGUCCACCAGUAACCUCCUAACCCAUUUUUCUUACAUUCAAUGGUGUCUUCUUCCUUACACUCAAUAAAAUAUAGCUAACCUCAAGUAAAACGUUCCACAGACCUUCAGGUUCUCUAGAAAUCCCCAGAUAUCACACAACUCUCUCUAAACCCCUUAACUGUGCAGGGGCAGGGUUGUUGGGCACCAUCAACAAAACGUUAAUAGCCCAUCGCUACGUAGCAGAGGUGCAUCUACUUAUACCAGACUUCAAUGCUGUCCCGGGGUGUUGUGUAUUAGCAACACGGUGACAAAAGAUCUUCAGGUCCUGGAAAAGGCGGCAGAGAACAACGCCGAGUCGUGACGAGCUCCCACCGGCUGCCUCGCUGCAUCGCGCGGGAGCAGGACUGGCAGCAGCAGAAGGUACCUCAGCCCUUGCUGGGAAAGGUGCAGGUGGCUUCUCUUGACUCGUUUGCAGACGGUCCCGGCUAAUCAUGUCUCACCGCAUUUAGGAUCGGGUUGAUUUUAGCGUCUAAUUCUUUAUGGAAAACUGAAAUGCUCUCACUGUG